UUAACUUUCGUUAACAUGAUAUACGUACCUCAGAUGACAUUGACUGUGGGUCAGUUUAUGAACCAUGGUAAGAACAGCACUCAGAGCAACACGUUCCUGAAUAAAGAACUGCGAUUGGUGGAUCCGCCUCUAUUUAUCAGGUUAAUGAAUACCAUGGUGAUGAAUUUGAUGGGAAUAUCGAGCCGGAUAAAUUCUCUCUGUUACUUAAGACGUCACUUGCCGACGGCGUUUGCUGCGUUGAAUGCGAUCGACGGUUUUCUGGAUCCGGAGCUGAAGCAGCGUCGAAGGAACGUUCGCACAAUUUGGGCAAUUUUCGCAGCUAGUAUUCUCGUUGGAAUACCGAGCCAGAUUUACUCAGCGAUAUUUGUUUACGUGGGAGAUUCUUGUGUCAUUGGAAUCUACGUAUUUAUGAACAAUCUGAACAACUUCACUGCUGUUCUGGCGGAAGCUCAAUUUUUGGCAUUGUGCCACCUGCUUAAAUCAAGAUUCGAGAGUAUAAAUCGCAGAUUUUUCGAACUUUCUACGCACUUGAAUCUUCCACCAAACGAUAAUUCCCACGGAAAUAUGGCCGGGAGGAUUAUCUUGACGCGGGCAAAGGUUCCCUCGAAGAUAAAAUGCGUGACCGAUUUAGAAAGGGAAUUUAUUGCGAACAAGGAACCUCGUUUCAAACCCGAAGAGAACUUGCCGCUUGACGUACCGACUUAUAACACCAUCGAAACCUUGCGAUUAGGGCAUCAACGCCUGUGCGACGUUCUCGACCAAGCUAAUCACAUGUUUCAGAUGCAGCUCUUCUUCUCACUCAGUGGUUGCUUUCUCAAUCUGCUGUUUAACAUGUACUCGUUCUUCUCUGGUGGCGCCUGGCUUCGACGGGAUAACUUCACUCCCACCGGCUCGAACGCUGCCGCAAAUAAAGCGUUGAAUAAUCCGCUUAUUAACUUGUCGUGGGGGCUUUAUUACUUGAUUAGAUUCACGUCUAUGACUGCCAUGGCAUCGAAGACUACCAAAGCCGCCAAACGCACGCUUGUUCACAUCUUGAACGUCAGGAGAUGCGGAAUAGAUUUUGCUACGAAAGAGGAGCUAAGCUUCUUCUACGAUCACGUCGUAGGAAGAAAAGUUGAAUUUUCUGCAGCAGGUUUCUUCAAUUUGGAUAUUAAACUAAUAUCUUCGACAAUCAUGCGGUCUCUGAGCUUAUCGAUUGCCGUUCUGGGGCUGACGGUUUUGGCCCAAUUGACAUUCGAGGUCUCCGCUGCAGAUACAAUUUCUUACAUAGGUGCCGUCGCCGAAUAUUACCCGGUAACAAAUGGAACUAACGGAACAACGAUCGCGACGGCCAAUGCCAACAACUACGUUACAAUCAUCAAAACCGCUUGGGGUUACAACGCGGACAUCCUUGUAUUCCCGGAGGACUCAUUAACGACUGGUAUGACCUACUCCGACACGAAUAGAACUUUGUAUCCUUCAUUCGGUUCCGUAGUACCAGAUGCCGGAUUGGAUAUUCCCUGCGAUAACGCAUCGACGGUCGUAAUAGAGGCUUUGAAGUUGAUAUCGUGCGCUGCGAAGCAGUACUCGAUUUACGUGGUCGUGAACGUGAUCGAGAAGGAGAAUUGCACCAGCACGGGAACAACGUCUCGGCCUUGUCCCAGCGACGGUUACUUCUUCUACAACACGAACGUGGUGUUCAACCGAACCGGAGGCAUUGUCUCGAGGUACAGGAAGUUCAACCUGUUCGCCGAACCUGGCAUAAAUGUAACGUCGAGUCCGGAAAACGUGACGUUCACCACGGACUUCAACGUCACGUUCGGAUUGAUAAUUUGCAACGACAUCCUCUACAAGACCCCGGCUCUAUCGCUCGUCGACGACCAUAACGUCACCGACAUCAUUUUCCCCGCACGGUGGUUCUCAGAAUUACCUUACCUAACUUCGAUUCAGACCCAGUCAGCUUGGUCUUACGCCAACAACGUGAACCUCCUGGCAUCGGGCUACAACAAUCCAACAACCAGCAACGGGGGCAGUGGGAUUCACGCUGGAACCAGCGGUAAAUUGGUCACCCUUUUGUCGGAGAGCGCGAAGAACGCUCUUUUAGUGGCAAGGGUGCCAAAGGUGAUCGACGGAGUCCGAAGCAACGUCGUAUCCACGACUUAUCCGCUGACCUACGAGUUCAGCAGCACGGAAAUUACGACUCUGGCGAACAUCACGACCGUUUCCCAGAACGCCUUUUACCAGGAUACCUUGGCGCCUUACGCAACGAGCGUUUUGCCGCUGACCAACGGCACGACGACCACUUGGCACGAACUCUGCGACCGAGAGCUUUGCUGUUCCUUCUAUGUGAACAGAACUUUCAGCGCGUCUAGUGUCAAUUCAAGCGUCAAUUAUUACAGGUAUAGAACCGCCGUUUUCAACGGAGUUAGAUCCUUCGCUGGUACCACCACCGCCGGAAUACAGACCUGCAGUGUCAUCGCUUGCACUAACGACACCCUGGCCAGUUGCGGGCUGAGGUUCAACGCGACGGAAACCGUCGUGCAGCCAACCGUCUUCAACAGCGUCUUUGUGUCCGGAAACUUUUCCAAAAACUCCACCACCAUGCAAAUGCCCAACUCGUUGACCACGGAUAUUCUUCCUCUAAAUGCCAGCGACUUCACAUAUAAUAGAGUCAAUAUUUCAGGAUCUUCUUUAACCAAUAUCACCUACAAUCUAACGAUACAGUCAAGCAACUUGUACACUUUUGCUAUUUACGGUAGAAACUUCUCCGCUGAUGAGCUGGCCGUUAGUUCUGCCAACGUUGCUUCGUCUGCGGUCCAGCUUUUGCGAUUCUCUUUCACGACGAGCGUAUUUUUGGCAGUAAUUGAAACUUUAUUCGUUAGGAGCUAUCUAUAAACACCAUCAGGAAAGCAAGUUCUUUAGAAAAAAACGACCGAAUAUCUGCGGUUAGUAUACAAGUAUAUAUAGCUGCAUGAAUCCGUGUUCGGCAAAGUCAUGCUAACGGUUACUUUUUCGUUAAAGCAAAUCAUUCAAAUGUUACAUAACGCGAAGGAGGAAGAUUCUGAGAACAUUCACAGAUAUUCGUGAUCCAAUCGAAGAUUUGAUUAUUUAUAUGCAUCAAUUUCGUAAACAAGUAUUCACUUGAACAGCUUAUACAAGUUUAGUUUGCAAACACUUACAAUUAGUUACUUGCGUGAGACCAUGCCAGUAUUUAAAUCGUCAGUCGGUACGUCGUAUCGUUCAUAGUAUUAUAGUUAAAUGAAAAACGAACCCCGUUCAGAAUACGUAUUAAAGGUAAUAACCGUUCAUUCGUAUUAUGAUAUUCUCAUAACAGCAGCGUAUUUCUAAAAUUAUUCUGCAUUCAUACCUCACAUAAUCAGUUACAAACGUGUUGAACGUCGUCAAAAUCGAGUGAGUGGCACCUCUAGAUGGGAAAACAUUUUGUAACACUUUUCUUUUACAUGUUGUUAUUCACAUAAUUUAUCUAGUAUUUUUUUAAGGGUAUGAUAAUAAACGUGAUGUUGAUGAGGUUUCCUGUGAACUUUUCAACGUAUAUAUGACUUAAAACUGCGAAGGCGGAAAAUUUCGACUUCGAAUUUAGAUGUAAAUAUUUUUAAGGCCGUCUUCUUGAAAAUUUGAUCGGAUCAUUGCUAGAUGCGUCUGUUACCAAUAUUCAAAAGAAGCAUGUUAGAAAUUUAAAAUUACGUUAAUAAGGAGCUUUACAGAUAACACGUGAGGAGAUACCGUCAUUCCGGGGACGUUUUACAAAAAGAGAUUGCUACUUUGUUAUUAAAUAGAAUGAUUAUUUUAUUAUAAAAGACAUAUGUCAGGAGGACCUGUGUCUUAAAUAUUUGAAACUGAAAAACAUAUCAAUUAUGGAGUAUAUUUCAACUCUAUAGCAAAGACUAGUCAUAUCUAACAUAAAAAUACGGAUUUCCAGCAUAACAAUUCAUUAUAUAUAUAUAUAUAUAUUCAAUAGUUAAUUACUCUUAUGUACAACGAAAUGACCAUAUAAUUAUAAUUUUUCAACAUGUUUGGUAAGAAAAUCUAUUAUUUUCGAUGAAUAAUUCGUUCCUGGCUGCGUUCCCGUAUAUGAUCGGGCAUUUACGAAAUAUUCAUGUUCCCGAAAUGACGAAACAUAUGCAGUCAUGGAUUUAUCGAAUUAAUAAACGCGCGUGUAUAGAUAAAAAAAUUUAUCAAACUUCAACUUAAAUCAACUUCUCGAGUUCUACAGAACAAAUCAACGUUUUCACUUAUUGAGUAGAUACUUACGAUAAGUUCUUAUAUUUUAUCUUAUAAUUAUACCGGUAGUACACAGCCAUGUACAAAUAACGUUUUAUUGGUGCGUUUUUACUUCCAAUGAAAAUGGAAAAAAAAUGU